GGCGGGGCGGCGCACUCAGAUGCCGCUUCCGGUUUCAGCUUGGCCCCGAGGCGGGGGAGCCUGGUGCACGACAGGAGCUCAGGACAAGCUGGACCUGCUCUGUGGCCUGCGGUGAGCCUCGAAGUUAUCCUACCUGUCCAGUUCAGGUGCUGCUGGACCAGCAUGCACAGACACAAGUCAUGCCUCCUCUGGUGCCCGUGAAGCCCUGGCUGGGCAACCAUCCUCCGCCCCCAGAACAAUGUCUCUUGAAAGGAUGAAAGGACUCCUGGGCUCCCAAGUGUAAAGGAAGCAGCAUGCCUGUGAUGUCCCUCGCUGGAUGACCGUGGUUGCGUCCUGACCCCUUCUGGGUCUCAGUGGCCUCAGCUUCAAAGCCAGGUGCUGGGGAGUCAGGGAAGAGCACCAUUGUCAAGCAGAUGAAGAUCAUCCACGAGGAUGGCUACUCAGAGGAGGAAUGCCGGCAGUACCGGGCAGUCGUCUAUAGCAACACCAUCCAGUCCAUCAUGGCCAUUGUUAAAGCCAUGGGCAAUCUGCAGAUUGACUUUGCUGACCCCUCCCGCGCGGACGACGCCAGGCAGCUGUUUGCACUGUCGUGCACGGCUGAGGAACAGGGCGUGCUCCCUGAGGAUCUGUCCGGUGUCAUCCGGAGGCUCUGGGCUGACCAUGGUGUGCAGGCCUGCUUUGGCCGCUCACGGGAGUACCAGCUCAACGACUCUGCCGCCUACUACCUGAAUGACCUGGAGCGCAUUGCACAGAGUGACUACAUCCCCACGCAGCAGGAUGUGCUGCGGACUCGCGUGAAGACCACGGGCAUCGUGGAGACGCACUUCACCUUCAAAGACCUACACUUCAAGAUGUUUGAUGUGGGUGGUCAGCGGUCUGAACGGAAGAAGUGGAUCCACUGCUUUGAGGGCGUCACAGCCAUCAUCUUCUGCGUAGCUUUAAGCGCCUAUGACCUGGUGCUAGCCGAGGACGAGGAGAUGAACCGCAUGCAUGAGAGCAUGAAGCUGUUUGACAGUAUCUGCAACAACAAGUGGUUCACGGACACAUCCAUCAUCCUCUUCCUCAACAAGAAGGACCUGUUCGAGGAGAAGAUCACACACAGCCCCCUGACCAUCUGCUUCCCUGAGUAUACAGGGGCCAACAAGUACGAUGAGGCAGCCAGCUACAUCCAGAGCAAGUUCGAGGACCUGAACAAGCGCAAGGACACCAAGGAGAUAUACACGCACUUCACGUGCGCCACUGACACCAAGAACGUGCAGUUUGUGUUCGAUGCUGUCACCGAUGUCAUCAUCAAGAACAACCUGAAGGACUGCGGCCUCUUCUGAGGGGCAGCGGGGCCUGGCAGGAUGGGCCACCGCCGACUCUGCUCCCCCCAGCCCCUGAGGAAGAUGGGGGCAAGAGGACCACGCUCCCCGCCUGUCCCCCUGGCCGCUUUUCCCCUUCUCUCCUCUCUCUGUUCUUGGCUCCCCCUCUCCCCUCCCUCAGCUCCAGAGACUUGGGGGAAGGGUUGCCACAGGCCUCCCUGUUUGAAGCCUGCCCGUAUCCCAGGUGCAGGGAACGGCCACCGUACCCCCUCCUGGCAUCUGUUCUGGUUUUAACUGUUGUCUUGUUCUGUGAUGGGGGAGGGGAGCACAUGCUGAGUCUCCCAAGGCCUGUGUUUGGAGGGGCACCCACUUCUCCAGCCUGGGACCCCUGGCUUCGCCCAGCAUCAGCCCCUGACCCAACCCAAGUCCAAAUGUUUACAGGGAGCCUCCUGCCCCCACCAACCCCUUCCCCCUAAGCCACUCGGAGGCCCCAAAGGAAAAAGCACAAGAAGCGUGAGACGCCACCAUUCCUGGAGACCACAGUCCACUGGCUCAUUCUCGUAGCUUUUUUUAAAAAAAAAAAAAGAAAGGCAAAGGGAAAAAAAAAGAGAGAGAAAACUGCAAACCUAGAAAACUUUUUAGAAGAAAAA